AAUGGUAAACGUAUUCAAUCGCUUUGUAGUUAAUAGUCUGACAAUUAGUUGAUGCAAUCAGUGUGUUUAAUUAUUACCGAGCAAACGCUUGAAGCAGUUUAGCAGCGUUUAAAACAGAUCCACCGUAAUGUUGAGGGUUUUUGAAGAUGUGAAAAAGGCGGUUGUAUUAAAACCCAAACCCUAUACCAUCGACAAUUUUGCAUUUAAAUUACACUACCGAAUCACAGCAUUGACCCUUUUGGUUGCUACUGCAUUGGUUACUUCAAGGCAAUAUAUUGGUGAACAUAUACGAUGCAUAAGCGACAGCGGAGUACCGUCCCACGUCAUGGAGACUUUUUGUUUUUUCACAGCAACAUAUACAGUGGUGAAACAUCUGAAUUCUUCGAUGUUGGAUGCAAAAUUCAUCGCCCAUCCCGGCGUUGGACCUAUAGGACCUCUGGGUGUAAACUCCCAAGAACCGAUAAUACGCCAUGCAUACUACCAGUGGGUGCCGUUUGUGCUCUUUACGCAAGCGAUUAUGUUUUAUCUUACACAUAAACUAUGGAAAAAAUUAGAAGAUGGUCGACUGAGGAGGCUAGUUGAAGGUCUCGAGUUCGCUGUGAUCGCUUUUGGAGAAAAGGAGAUAACUGUGGGUGGCCAUAAGAUUCCGACAAUGGAGGGAAAGGCGAAAGUGUUAAAAAACAUCAGGAAAGCCUUUUUGCAACGUCUAUACGUAAGUCGCACAUGGGCCGUAAAUUUAAUACUGUGCGAGUGUUUAAACUGCAUUCAUGUGAUAGUACAAAUUCUUAUAACCGACGCAUUUUUGGCAGGUCAGUUUCUUAAUUUAGGACCUGAAAUUAUUACAAAUGGUCUCGAUUCCAACGUAGACGUGUUAGAUGUUGUAUUUCCUAAAAUAACAAAAUGUACCUUCCACAAAUAUGGGCCCAGUGGCUCAAUUCAGUCCCACGACGCUAUGUGUGUUAUGGCGCUCAAUAUAAUUAACGACAAAAUCUAUGUAUUGCUUUGGUUUUGGUUUACAACACUCUUCGCAAUAUCUAUCGUCGCAAUAUUUUGGCGUGCCUUGGAAAUGAUCCUUCACAGAAGAAGUCAAAAAUUUAACGAAUUUAUGUUUUCCAAUUCUAGAGCUGGUAAAUUAAAUCCAUGGAAUGUAAUUAGGGUUAUGCGUUACUGCAACUUUAACGAUUGGCUGUUUCUCUACUAUUUAUCGAAAAAUAUGGAUGGGUUGUUAUUUAGAGAAUUAUUUAAAGAACUCGCAAGCGAUCUUGAUAAUUGCACUGAAAAACCUGAUCUCUCUAUGUUUGAUAAAGAUCCCGAUGGUACAGAAGAAAAGUUGAUGUUGAAAAGAAAAACAUGAGCGCUGAUUGAUGAGAAUUGUACUUGACAUAAUACCUAUAUUUUAGACAUAUUUAUCUUAAGGUGGGUACGCACUUAAGAAAAUUUGUGCGCACGACAGGUUUGCGCGGACACACGUUCGAACGCAAACAUAAAAGAAUCACACACAACAUAAAUGAAAAUAUGCACACAAACCUGCUACAGUGGUUCGCGCUAAAAUAUGGGUACUCACUUGAGACUGACAGCCCGUCCAGACUGAGCACUGAAAAUGUUUUGAUGUUUCUCUCGAGACUGACAGACGACGGCUCGCGUUCGUCUGUGUUAAUUUGUUGCGCGUAUAAAUGCUCACCCCGUACACAUUUGAGCAUCUUUCGUGCGCGCAAAUUUGCUCAAGUGCGUACCCACCUUUACACUGAUAUAAGAUUAGAUCUCGAUAAUUUUAAUUUAAUUUACUAGACGUUAAUUGACAUGUUUUGGGUACAAUGCAAUAAAAUGUAAGUUUUUCUAUACCA